UGUGUGGUAGCUAGGCUAUAUCGCAGUAUCGACCGAAAUAUUCGGAAUGUGUGUGAAUCGUGCAUCCGAGAGGGAAAAGCUCGUGCGCGACAUUGGUGGUUAUAUUCGCAUGUGUAGCCCUUGCACCACUUGCUCUGUUAAAAAUCUCGGCAGUACAUUCAGCAUUCUGUACUCCACCAGACUUCUAGAGGUGGGUAUGGUUGCUGACAAAAUUUCGCAUAUACUGUAAAAUAUCAACAAAUCACUUGUCUUGGCGGUAGUGCCAACAUGGCGCUCGGAUCGCGUAAUAGGCGUAUGGUCAUGGAUUAUGUCGCGUAUCGGCUCGAACGCGCACAUCUUGACUGGGUGACACGACCGAUUCUUCCUAGUCCAGACACGCCGUGCACCUUCAUGAGAACUAUCGCAGACGAAUUUCGAGAGCGAUCGAAAGAUAGGAUCAACGACGACAUGGCAGAACGCAUGCACUUGGUCGACUCCGAUUCCGCACAGGCAGUGUGUGGUUACUGCGGAGUUCUUAACGAUCUGUUCGAACAGGAAGUAAAAUGGGGUUGGAUCGUAGGAAUGUUUGCCUUUACGGGAACGUUAUGCGAGUGUGCUGCAAAGAGGGGUAAACCUGAACUAAUAGACGCGUUUGUGGACGCGGCGUCGAGCUACUGCGACACAAAUCUUCAGCCUUGGAUUGACGAUAAUGGGGGCUGGGAUGGCUUUGUUGAGUACUACAAGGACAAAUCUCGAUGGGGAGAGAUAAAGUGGCCAUCAAUGACGGGAAUUAUUUGUGGCGCAGCAGCUGUUACAGCAGUGGGAGUGGCAACCAUGGCACUACUAUCUAGAACGUGAUCUCGUACGAGAAAUACGUUUGAAACUUGGAACGUUUUAACAUUUGCAGACAGUCAUAGCUGCAAUUUUUCAGUGCGCUGCACUUUCGCUCAUAUAUACCCAUGACAUUAAAUAUCUAGAGUAAAGUGCAACACUAUCUAAGAAAUGUGCCUGUUUCUAUAAAAUGCUUUCUGACCAUCGGAGUGUACUAUAAUCCAUUGCUACACGAUCACAACGUCAGAGAGCCACCUUCCCUAAGGUCAUCGACGUGAGCUGACAACAUCUGAUUCCAUGGACACGUGCUUCCGUGAGAAUGUAACAACAUCAGGAUAGAAGGAGGAAUCUUUACAAUAGUAACAUCAUCAGAGGGGCGCAAACUGUGCUACAACAAGACCAUAUCAGCAGAGUUCUAAAGGCUUCCAAAAACUUUUAGUAUAACAGCAUGUCAGCAUCAGAUUUCUAUAAAGCGUCCUCUUGCUAGUAUAACAGGGUAUUGGUAGACCUCUUCCCACAAGAGAAUAUCUUGCUACAAUAAAAGCCCAGGGUAAUCAGUCUUUCAGAGAGCACCCUCUACACUAAUAACUUAGUGGUGCAACAUCUGUCACUGUUAUAUAUAUAUAUAUAUAUACAUAUAAUCAAGAGCUAAUAAUACAGUGUAUAACAGGAAUGCAGGAAAAUAGUGAUAUUUUACUGUAAACUUUUUCUAUUUUAAAUACAGGUCUAAAGUAAGGGGUAUAAUUUAACCACGGUAAAGUUAUAGCCCUUUUUACCCAAUCAGAGGCCUUGUUACACAUAAUUUAACUUAACCGCGGUAAAAAUAAUCAAACUCUGUGACAG